GGAGCGCAGGGUCGGACGGAGCUGAAUUUAAAAAACAUUCGACGCAGCCAUUGAAGCGGUUGAGGCGCCGGAAAGAAUACGGGGGUUAGUGUUCUAGGAGAAAGGCAGACGGGCGGUGGUAGAUGGAGAGAAAAGAGAAGCCGACAGAAUUAGCAAUGGCAAAGCGUGUGAGCAUUUUUGAAGCAGGGCUGAAGAAACCUCAGGCUUCAACUGCUCGAGUUCGGGUGUCUGUUAGACUUCGGCCUUACAUGAGCCAGGAUGAUGAGAAGAAUGAGGGUCCAUGUGUCCGUGGUACUGGUGGGAACUCCCUGGAGAUUGUGAACUGGAGAAAUACCAUGGAGACGAUGCAAUAUCAGUUUGAUGCUUUUUAUGGUGAUGGUUCCAGUCAGCAAGAGGUUUACUUGGGCUCUGUGAAGCCUGUUUUGACUCAUCUUUUGAGUGGACAGAAUGCUAGCAUUUUUGCUUAUGGGCCCACUGGAGCAGGUAAAACACACACUAUGCUUGGAAGUCCAGAUCAGCCCGGUGUGAUACCCAGAGCGGUCAGGGAUGUUUUCCAGAUGGUUCGGGAGCAAAGUGUUCUUCCAUCUAAUGAAGAAUGGGAAUUUACCACUACAAUGUCUUACCUAGAGAUUUAUAAUGAGAAGGUUCUUGACCUGCUGCAGCCCAAAGACCUGAAAGAUCAGGACCUGCCCAUCCGGGAAGAUAAGGACAAAAACAUACUGAUACCUGGACUCACUCAGAAGCUUAUCUCCUCUUUCACAGACUUUGAGAGUCACUUCAUCCCAGCCAGUCAGAAUCGCACUGUGGCGAGUACAAAACUGAACUCCCGAUCUAGCCGCAGCCACACCGUCCUCCUCAUCAAGGUUGUCAAGUCUUUACGCAGGCCUCCAUUUAGACAGUUGACUGGUAAACUCUAUUUGAUUGACCUUGCUGGGUCAGAAGACAAUCGCAGGACCGGAAACCAAGGCAUUCGACUGAAGGAAAGUGGAGCCAUUAACUCCUCUCUCUUUGUGUUAAGCAAGGUGGUUGAUGCGCUCAACCAAGGACUUCCUCGGAUACCUUAUAGAGACAGCAAGCUCACUCGACUGCUGCAGGACUCCUUGGGUGGCUCAGCACACAGCGUAAUGAUCACAAACCUUGCUCCAGAGUUUAAGUAUUAUUUUGAUACGCUUACAGCACUGAACUUUGCCGCCAAGUCAAAGCAGAUAAUCAACAAACCAUUUACAAGAGAAACUGUUCAGCCUACAGCAUUGAAAAGGCCAAGAGAAGAGUCCCCAACUAGGAUCCCUGCCAAGAAGAAAAUGGAAGCACAAAAUAUCAGUGGAGAAGUUUCUACAGAAUCUGCACCAGGUGCUUCUGUGUCAUCUAGAAGCUCUCAAAAUGAAGUCUAUGAUGGCAGUGUGAUGGAGAGGUUGUUAAUGCUAGAGAAAAUGAUGAUGGGAACUCCUGAGAGAGAAAGACUUGCUCUUCUCAAGACUGUCCAGCAGAGUCGUAAGGAAAUUCAGGAGCUUAGAGAGAAGCAGAAAGAGCUAGAAGCCAAGGCACAAGAGGCCCAGUCUCUCCUUGCUCAGCAAAAUGUCUUGCAGCCCUCCAAUUCUUCAAAUGCAGAAGGCAGAGUAAAGAGAAAUAUCCGUCCUCUAGCAAAUAAGCCUAUAUCUGUCGCUGCUCCUUGCUCAAAGCAGCAAGCUGUGGUGUCACCUCUGCAAGUAUCCCGAGUGAACCCUCUGCAGCAGAAUAUAAGUGAGGUUGAAACUACUAAGAAAACAAAGACCUCCAAGAAGGUGACUGAACAGCUUGAGGGCAAAGAGAACAUGGAAGAAUUCCAGUGCAAAGUCAACUCUGGAUUACUGAAGAAGUCGGAAGAAAUGAUCCUAAAUCUACUCAACACCGGGUCAUUGCAGGAUCUGAAAGAGCUACAGCGUAUUGGAGAUAAAAAGGCCAGACUCAUUAUGGGCUACAGAGAGCUGAAUGGGCAGUUCAAGCAGGUGGCUGAUUUGGCAAACAUUGCUGGUUUCUCAGACAAGCAAGUUGGAACAUUUUUAAAGGCAAACCUUCUGAGCACCAUUGCACGGUGAAUGCUGCUUUUUGACCUUCUGUAUAUAGCUUGUAGUGCGCUUUUUUUUUUUUUCCC